GUAUUUAAGACUAAAUUCAUGUGCCAACCAAAGGUAGUGAAUUCAAGCUUAGUGUAGAAAAAUAUGGGACUAUUAACUAUUGGUGUCAUAGCAUUCAUGAUAGCACUACCCUUGGAAGCGUCGCCAAUUUCGCAAAGUAAUGCAUAUAUCGCCGUACCAGUCUCAUGGAGAAAAUAUUUUGGAAAGCCUAGUUCACAUUUCAAGUACAAUUAUGUACCGAGGAGUGAAUACUACGAACCAAAAGUGUCACAAGAAUCGGACAAUUAUAUAGAACGACUCAUCAGAGAAGCUUUACAAGCUCCACGUAACAUGGAGAGAGAUAGAAGAUCCACUUCGGACAUCGACACGGACUAUUAUUUGAUAAUUGAAAAUGGUAACGGUGAAAUAGUUUAA